AUGAGCCAUUUAGAUUACCCUUUCAAAAAUAGAUUUGUUACAGAUUUCUCCUACAAUGUAGAGUCUUGGAAUAGGCAUUCUAGAGCCACAAGGGAGAGUAAAAGAAAAACACCGGUUGAGUAUGUACCCAAGUAUACAAGUAACGCUAAUCAGAUUGGCAGAUAUGCCCAUGAGAUAAAUUACGGAGCAAGCCAAGUCACCCCGAUGACAAGAGAAGCUAAAAAUUGAGUUAGAGAUCCAGGAAUAAAGAGGACAUCUUGGAGGGAGAAGUCUCCUUCUUAUCGAGAGUCAUAUAACAUAGAUGAAAGGUCAUACAAUUAUGGGGAUCAAUCUGAUGAGGAAAAGAAGAAUGAAUUAAACUAUGAAUCUGAACCCCUAGAUUCUGCUGAAGAGAAAGAGGAAAAUACUAGUAUUGGAAUUCAAGUUGACCACAAAGACUGUUUCUUUUCAACUGUGUUUCAAGGUUUAUUCUCAAUUCCAGAAUUUCUUGACUUCUUUGCAUUAGAAUUUAGCCCUGACAAUGUUUAUGAAGAUAAUAAUCAGGAAUACAGCCCAGAGAAGUCUCUUUGUGAGAAUAUAUCCGCUUUCUGUGUUGAGUAUCUUUGCUCUGAUGAGGAUUGGAUAGAUGGAACUAGCUUUAGAUCUCUCUUUGAUGAAGAUUUCUCCCCUGACAAAAGACAUGAUGUCUCAGAUUUCCUGAUGUAUUUGUUGACUAAAAUUAAAUUUGAGAUUUCUUCUGAAAAAGUUUUCUUUGAUUCUAAUGGAUAUCACAACUAUAAAGAUGCUUGUGAAGCUUAUGAGGCUAUUAACAAUACAAUUGUUGAUAACUUAUUUGUUGGAAUGUACGAGAAUGAGAUAAAGUGCAAUGCUUGCAGGAAGAUUACCAAGAAUUAUGAAGACUUUCUGAAUAUUCUUUUAGAAUGAGAUCGCUAUGAUCCUCAAGCUGCUUUUAUUAAGUUUUGAGAGAUUGAGAAAAGCUCCUCUUCUUAUUAUGAAUGAGAAUUUUGCAAGCAGAUUGGAGAAUGCCAAGUUAGAAGAAGAAUAGUUAAGUUUCCGAAGUAUCUGAUUUUAAAAUUUGAUAGGCAAGAUCAUCUUAACGGCAGAAAAAUGUCUGGUUUCAUGUAUUAUAACACAGACUUUACUCAUAUACUUCCAGAUACAUUUGAACCAGUGAACUAUUCAUUAAACAGCAUUAUGUUGCAUUCUGGAAGUUGGAGAAGAGGUUCAAACUCAGCCCUUUGCUGUAGAGAUGAUAUCUGGAAGCUUUAUGAUGGUACAAAGGUUGAAGAAAUUGAUGGUAAAGUUGCUGAUCAAAAGGAAGCAUACAUCCUUGUUUAUCAAAAGCAGGAAAAGGCUGAGGAUCACCUAUAAAAUUCAAUCCUGUCGA